AUGCGAUGUCAUUCUGCUGGGCGGCGGCUUGAUCUUUACAUUCUACAAGGCGCAGGGCUUAUCGAUUGGAAGCUCGACCUGCGAGGAGUCUCAGAUUGGCCUGGCGGCCAGUUUCCUUGAGAAGGCGAAGGCAAAGGGCGUGGAGGUGGUCUUGCCCACAGACGUCAAUAUCGCCGAUAAAUUCGACGCCAAUGCCAACACCCAGAUGGUGCCAAUAAAAGCCAUUCAGGACGGCUGGAUGGGUCUGGACCUCGGAGAUGACACUAUCAAGUCGUUUUCUUAUAAGCUCGCUGAUGCAAAUACCAUAUUCUGGAACGGCACCAUGGGUGUCAACGAAUUUCCGAAAUUUGCGGCCGGAACCAAU